CAAAUUGAUAGAAAAGUUCUAUUUUUGUGUAAAAAUAGAAAAAAAUUAAAAAUUAAAGGAUUGGCAAGCAAAAAAUAAUGGAAAAUCUUCCAAAUGAGCUCUUUUUAAAAAUCUUCGAAUUUCUCACGACAUCCGAUCGUCUUGUUAUCAGCACCGUUUCUCGUCAUUGGUUCGACUUACUUCAACUACCGACAUUCGCUCAGGACAAUCACAUCUACCUGAACAAGUGCCUCAUCAAGAAGAAACAUCCGCCUUUUCGAACAUUUUGUUGUCACAAACCCUCAAAUCGGAAAUUUUCCUGUUUGACCCUCAAUAAAAUCCAUUUUGAUCGAAAUAACUUGACGGAUGUUAAAAAAUUUCUGAAAACACUCGGAAAAGAUGUCCUGCAUUUGACAAUCGGGCUGGAAUUUGAUCUCACAAUUUUUCCGAAUUUGCUGAAUUUUUUCCCGAACCUCAAAAUUUUGUCCUUAUUCGAUUGUCAGCAACUUCACAGCAUGACAAGCGCAUUUCCGGAUACUUUGGAGACCCUGAAUGUUCGUGGAUUGUCGCAUAAUUUCGAGUUUGCUGAAAUAAACAAAAUUCCAAAGCUGAAAACGAUCAAAAGGGAGUACGUUAACUUUUACAUGCUCACGAAUCAUGUUCCAACGGGCUUUAUUCCGGCAAGUGACGAGCUAAAAAGCCUUCUGAGUGCCUUGGAUGUGCAUUGUGUGAUCAAAUCGAACUUGAAUUAUCUUGGAACGCAUCAAAUUACGCCAGAAUUUGUUACUCAUCUCACGUGUUCCAUUGCCAAAGAGAAUUUUUCCACAAUUGGAGCCAAAUUUCCGAAUUUAAGGUCGUUUAGUGUUGAUAUCGCGACGACUAAAGACUGUUUCUUCGUACAUGAAGGUAUCGAGGGAUUCAAAAAGGUUCAUACACUGAUAUUGAAUGAACAGGAAAAUUGUGAUAAAAACCCGUGUGAUAAAUGUUUCGAAACAUUUUUGGAAACAUUUGAAAAUUUAGACAAAUUUUCGAUGCACAAAGCGAUAAAUCUGAAAUUAUUUCGAAUUAUUUUCGAAAAAUUACAAAAAUUGAGAGAAUUGGUCCUUUUUUCGCCGAACAACGAAAAUUUAUACGAUUUUCAGGUCUCGGAUUUGCCGAAAAUAACAAAACUGAAGCUUUGGAGUAACAAUAACUCGUCAUUAACGGAUGAAAUUCUCCUAAAUUGGCCUAAAAUGACAAGUUUAACGAAUUUAGAUAUUGCUCUUCCAAUGAAAAAUAUUCAACCUGCUUCGUGGAUCCGUUUGUGUCAACAAUGUCCUUCGUUGACGCAUUUCACGCACAAUUGUCAAAAAUAUUGCGUAAAUGAUGCCAUUUUAGUCGUUAUGACGAAGCUCCUGCCCAAAUUGAAGUAUUUAAGUCUCACAUCGGCACACAAAUUAACGCCAAUUUCCUUCGUGAGUCUCCGUAACAAUUGUCCCGCCUUGCAAACUCUCCAUUUGGGUCGAAAUUGGAUCGAUUUGGGUACCGUAGAAGCACUUUUCACGCAAUUACAGCAGUUACAACACUUGGAAUGGACUGAUGCGCAAUCUUACUACCAACAAGUACACACAAGAGUUGAUUUUUACGAAGCGAAUCACUUGAAAAAAGCGAAAAAAGUUGGAAAAAAUUGUCAAGAGAGAGAUGAGGAAAGUGACGCUUCGUCUUCGAGUGAUGAGGAUGACGAGAAAAAGGUUUGGGGAUGGAUUCCGCAACAAGGAUGGGGCUUUUGGCCUCGGGAUAAAGUGAAAAAUGUCGCGUUGGAACCGCAAUUCGAUGCGAGAUAUUGAAAAAAAAGUGUGAAAUCAAUGACUUAAUACCAAGAAUGCCAUUUGUGUCAAAAUUACAGAUGAAAUUGGUCUCAACAGAGCAAUAAAAUUCUUUUUUGAUAUGA